AUGAGUACUAAAACUGAGACUCCCGAAUUUGAUAAUUCGUUCUUUCCAUCCAUCUCACCACACACUGAUGGAUCACAGAUAGAAGAGUUGUUAGAAGAUUCGAUUGUUUCAUCCGAGAAGACAAGUGAUGCACCUAUGCAGGACUUUCAUCAGAUUGAUUCAAUUAAUAUUUUUGAUUUUGAUGGCACGCUUUUUGCAUCUCCACAGCCAAAUCCCAGAUUAUGGGAAAACGCACUCAUAGGGCUGCUAAAGAAUGAUCAACUUUAUAAAGGAUGGUAUCAGAGUAAGAAGUCAUUGGACUUUGAAGAACAUGUAAAGAGCCGAGUAUGGAAUAAUUGGUGGAACGAGAAGGUGGUGGAUCUUGUUCGCAAUUCGAUGGCGCAUCCAAACUCAUUAACGAUUCUGCUUACCGGGAGAAAGUAUUCGGAAUUUCAUGAGGUCAUUGCCGAGAUGACAUCCAGGAAAGGAUUGACCUUCGAUGUAAUGGGAUUCAAACCAGAUCAGGAUAUUCUUGACUGGAGUUUAUAUUAUAAUCCUGCGAUUAUCGGAAAAGUGGGUAGAACGAAAUACGAGGAGUUCACAUCGAUGAAAACGGUUGUGGGUAUACCAAUAACUACCAAGAAUUUUAAAGUUAGGUUCAUCGAAGAUUUGUUAUCGCAUCACCCUUCGACCAAAUUAAUCGUCAUGUGGGAAGAUCGAAAAAAUCAUGUCAAGGCAUUUCAAUCUUUACUUAACGAAUUGAAAUGCCAAGAGAAAAUUCUCCAAGGCAAGGUGAAUCAUGUGAUUCUUAAGAUGCGUUACUUAGAUAUGAACAGAGAACGCAGAAUCGUCAAUGAGAUAAUUGAAGAUCAUAAUAAAAACAGUAGUAUAUGGGAUACAAAAAUUGAGCUCGUUCGAAGAAUUAAAUAUGCCGGAAUUUACUUUGACUAUGAGGUGAUACAAUCGCUGCGUCGACAUUUUUCACCUCCUAAUUACUUUAUGCAUAAUCAAAACGGCUAUCGAGUAAAUUAUCAAUGGAAAUAUGAAAAUCCCCAUUUAUUUAUUCAAAGAUGGCCACUUUCUCAAAAUGUUUCAAGACAUUGCUCUUCCUCAAAGAGAUUCUAUGUCGUUAUGAAAGUCGUCGCAAAAGGGAUGUUUAAGAAUAGCGUAUAUUGUUUGAAAGUAAUGAUACAAGAUCAGGAUGACGUGAGCAGAGACGAAGCCUCUCGGUGCCUACUUUUCGAUCAAUCUAGUCCCACCUUCAUCAUGCUUGCAUUUGAUCAAAGAAUCAUGGAUGGAUUUCCCAAUAGGCCGGAAAACAUUGAACCCUACUGUUGGACCCAUAUUUCCGAGGAACAACAGAUUUGCAUCCGUGGAUUUGUUAACAGCAAUUAUCUCACUGAUUAUCGGGACCAAUCAUUUUAA